AUGCUAACGGAGCUCCCAAAGACCCCUGGUCACAGACCGGAACAGAUUGACGGACUAAUGACAGCUUUCCUUGCCCACCCAUCGCCGACUAUUAUUCUAGACGAUAAGAGAGAUCAAUGGCAGUACGCACAGAACAAUGACCAGUCAUACGAGACCCUCCAACAGACCACCGCACUCUACAGCAAUAGGACCGCAACCAGUAAUAUCGAUGGGGACGGGGGCCGGUUCAUGAUGUUUCAAAAUGGAACGACCAAUGUCGAAUGUGUCAGGUUUGGUUUUAUGAACAACCCUUUGGCAAGUGCUGAAGAUCCGUCCUUUGUUAAGGGAUAUCCCAUGGAAAUCCACUCUGCAUUUGUCAAAUCUCUCAAGUUGCCAACAGGUUGGGAAUCGAAGCUGCCAAUUCAUGCGAAACGGCUGCAAGUGGCUGGUUCAGCAUGUUUUGAGUAG